AUGGAAGUGAAGUUCAACAGGGAAAGGAACCCAAGAUACGAUAGCGAAGCGAAUCAAUAUGAAGAUGAGCUAGAAGAUGAAAUGUUUGAUAGAAUGUUCAAGAAGAUCAAGGCUAGACAAGAUGCCGAAGAUCUGAUGGAUGAAGACUAUCAAGAACACGAAUGGAUAACUGGCAAUGAAGACAUGGACUAUGAAGACGAUUAUGAGUCCGAAUUAGAUGAUGAUGAAGCCAAGCAGAUGCUAGACGAACUGGCAGCUGAAUUAGUAGAACUUGGGAAACCUGACAAAGAAGAAAUUCUAUUCGACUUCAAUGAAGAAGAAGAAAAAGAUGAUGAUGGUGAUAAUGCACACAAAGAUGUGGUAGUUGAUUCGGAAGAGGAAGAUAGUGUUGCUCGCACAGUAGUGAGAUUCGCGGACACAGAUGAUAAUGAGUCCGACACUGAAGGAAUUGUGAGAAGUUACAGUGACAACGGUGUAGAGGAGAUUGGAGCAAAAAGAGUACUUCGUCCAAGACACAAUCGAUCCUAUUUCUCACAGGGAGUCAAGAUGAGACCCACUGAGAGAUACUUGUCAGAUAAUCAACUCCGUAGCUGUAAUGAGAGCCUCAACGCUCUAGCUACCUCUGGAGUAAAUCUGAGCUCGAAUCUACGUCGGCUAUGGAUUGCCUACAAUAGGAACAGGUGCCAGUGA